AAUAUAGUUCUACAAGACGCCAUUUUGUUCGAACUGUGUGUAAAUUCAAGAAGGAGAAAAAUAUUAGCUACUUGAAAAUAAUAUAAAAGUAACAACUUGAAACAAGCAAGUGUUUAAUCAAGUCAAGAGUAGGUAUUAACAAAAAGAUAUUAAUUAAACGUUUAUUUUGGGAGGAUAUGAGUCAACGUUAAUUAUUUGUCAUCAAUUAAAUUUCUUAUUCGCAACAGUUAUGUACGGUGGUUAUAACUACGGUGGCAAUAAUUAUCCAUCGAGAUGCCCGUACGACCGAAAUGCUAUAUACGGCCUCCUCCAGCAUUUAAACAAAGAUGAACUAGAAAAACUAUCUAAAGAUGAGGAAGCAUUGGCGAAGCUGGUUGAAGAUUUAGAACCGGUAAAAAAUCGCACAAAAGAGAAAGAGGCUCUCGCAAAAAAACUUAAAAAAAUUGCACAAGAUAAUAUGAAUCUUCAACCAAAAUUGGAAGCUGCCAAAACAAACUUGGCAGCAGUUUAUCAAGAAUACACGAAUUAUUUAAAAGAGUUUGACAAAGCAAAACUGAGAUUAGAUACUUUAAUUUCGUUAAAUUCACCCGAUACGUCCUUAAAUCUCCUAAAAGCGGAGGCUGCUAAAGUCGAAGAAAGCACUGACAAUAUUGGAAAAGAAUUCUUGGAUGGUGCUAAGUCCGUUCAAACGUUUCUGGAAGAAUAUAUACCACAAAGAACAAGAAACCAUAGUCUCAGACUGAAGGUUGAUAAAUUAGAAGAGCAGCUGAGCAAUAAUUUUGCCCAACCAUCUUACACUCCACAAGUUACACAGAACGUCGCUUAUCCCGUUUAUAAUCCAACGCUAAUGGGAGGCGCAGGGGGCCAAAUGGGCGCUUAUGCUGGAUACCCCAGCGGCAUACCGUUUAGCAUGCCCGAUCCAUCAAAAUAUUUAAAAUCAUAA